AUGUUUGCUAGAGAAUUCGGAAACUUUAAUCGACAGGCGAAUGGGAAAACGAAGACCGAAAUACAUAGAUCGAUGACAUUGGCGGUGCCAGAGGGCGCUGAGGUGAGCCGAGCUCGGCUCAUCAGCCGACGCAAGAUGAGUUUAGGCAGCUCACCACUCAUGGCUAAUGGAAGACGAACUCAGUCGUCAAGGAGAGCUAGUAUCGCUGGUAGGUUUAAAUAA